AUGUCAACAAAUACAAAUAUUAAUAGUAGUAAAAAGUUAAAUCCUUUUUAUGAUGGUAUUUCAGCAUCGAUUGGAUCUACCGUUGCCAUUGGAAUCUUACAACCAUUCGAUUUACUGAAGAUCAGACUGCAAGGAUCUGGAUUUGCUGUGGAGAGUGGAGCAUCUGCUACUGGUGUUAAGAGUAGUCGACCAGGUCUAGUCAGUACGUUCUACUCGGUGCUGAAGAAUGAGGGUGUCUCACAGUUCUGGCGUGGAAUAGGUCCAACGGUUCUGGCGAGUGGUGUGGCGUGGGGUGUCUACAUGCACUUCUACGAAUCCUAUAAGACUGCGUUCAAACGGUUCAACAACAACGGCAACACCGAGACAGUACCGUUGUAUCAAGGGUUUGUAGCGGGUGUUGCAGCCGGUGCCAGUCAGGUGUUCAUCACCAACCCGAUCUUCAUGAUAAAGACGAGAAUGCAACUGCAGGUGCCUGGCUCAGAGAGCUACUACACGGGAUUCAUCGAUGGCAUCAGAAAGACCGUUGCCAAAGAAGGAUUCUUUGGGUUGUACAAAGGUGUUGUGCCAGCACUCUGGCUUACCUUCCACGGUGGUAUACAAAUGUCUACCUACGACGAAAUGAAAUCAUUCUUUGCCAAACGUAGCAACAAGUCUGUUAAUCAAUUGUCAUCAUCAGAUAUAUUCAUUGCUAGUAGUGUUUCAAAGUUUCUAGCAAGUACAAUGUUAUAUCCAUUCCAAGUGAUAAAGACAAGACUUCAAGAUGAAAGAAACAUUCCAACAAAAGAUAAGACAGCUGUUUAUAAUGGAACAAUGGAUGUUGCUAAGAAGAUAUAUAGAUCUGAAGGUAUUACAGGUUUCUAUCGUGGUGUCAUUCCGAAUACACUAAAAGUAAUACCAAAUUCAUCGAUUACCUUAUUGGCAUAUGAAGAGAUUAGAAAGUUAUUUAUAAGUUAUGAUAUAGGUAUAAAACAACAACAACAAUAA